UUUGUUAUCUAAUAAUAUUAAUACAAGGAAAUUUAAGAAAAUUGUUUGAAAUAAGACUGUUGGAACAUUUUUAAUAGUAAACACGUUUAUACAGGUUAAAGAGCAAGACUGCCAGAAUUAUUAUUGAAAGCAUCAUCAAUUACAGCAUCGUGUAUAUUUUUACUGGUUCAAUUAUUUUUUGGGUAUUCUUAAAGCAAAAUAAACAAUUAUGUUCUGUUUUCUCCAGGGAGGCAGCAACGGAGGCAGCCCGCUGGUGUGUCCGCUGCUGGACGACUCUGGAAAGUACGUGCCGAUCGGCAUCACCUCGUGGGGAAUCGGCUGCGGCGUUCAUCCCUUCGCCUACUCAUCUGUAAUUGCGGCCCGUGAAUGGAUAGAUACAACGCGUAUCUAAAUAGGAUUUGUCCAGAAGGAUCGUAAUCUUGUAGUUUGAUUUUUUUACUAUUUCACAAUUUCGUAGUAACUAAAAUAUGAAUAGUAAACGCUCCUCGUGUAUUUUAAAUAGAAAAAAAUACUAUACAUACUCAAUUUUACAUUGACAGUAAUAGUGGGUUAACUAAACCAACAUGAUUUACAUGUAUUAUAACGUAUUAUUGUAUUUUAUAUUUUACAUACAUGCAUUUUCUCGUAGACAUAAUUAUAUUUAUUUAUUACAUUUUACAACUAUUGUAUAUACUAUUUCUUGAACGUAAUAAAAUAAUGUCGAUUCAA